UGCCACGGCCCGGGCGUUCGUUCGGGAUUAGCUCUCCGCACCCCUCGGCGGCUACCUGGUCCCCGCGCCCCCGGGUCCCGGCCCCCGGCCGGCCGGGCCCCGCCUCCUCGGGGCCGGAAGAUGGGCGGGGAAGGGGACGAGCCGGUAAAAGGGAGGCUGGCUCCGGGCCGGCAGCCACUGCCCGCGCGGUCGUGUGCCCUCUGCUCCGCACCGCGGAGGACGCUGCGCGGGGCCUCAUCGCGCGGGGCGGCCCAGACCUGAGAGACCUGGACACCAGAGAGGACUUGAUUAUCUUGGUCUUUAAAAUCACACACCUGGUUUGGAAAAGACUUUUGACCCACAAAUCACCAAGAGUUGUCCAAAACAGAAUGACAGGACAUAAGUGCACUAGAGAGUGGCCUGAAAGUAGGAAGUGAGAAGAGAGUUACAGAUUGGUUGCAUUGAGGAAUGAAGACCUGUGUGUAUCCACCAAUCUGAUUGACUUGCUCAGGGAGGCUAAAGCAUCUGUCUUCAGAAAUGUCUUCGGAAAAUACAGAGCAACAUGACCUUUCACUUGAAGGAAAAGACCAAUACAAUCCUCCAUCUGCGAUCCAUGUGGAACUUGAAAAGGAAUCAAAUACUGACUUCCAGCAACUUGAAGCCACAAAUCAAUGCAGACAUUAUCCUAGGAUCCACAUGGAGCCUCAAGAGAAAUCAAAUACUAACUUUAAGCAAUUCAUCAUCAAAAAACUACAGAAGAGUUGCCAGUGCAGCCCAACCAAAGCAAAACAUACGAUUUUUGGUUUCCUUCCCUUUUUGCAGUGGCUCCCAAAAUAUGACCUGAAGAAAAACAUUUUAGGAGAUGUGAUGUCCGGCUUAAUUGUGGGCAUCUUGUUGGUUCCCCAAUCGAUUGCUUACUCCCUUUUAGCUGGCCAAGAACCCAUCUAUGGUCUGUACACAUCUUUUUUUGCAAGCAUCAUUUAUUUCCUAUUCGGGACUUCCCGUCACAUCUCUGUGGGCAUUUUUGGAAUACUGUGCCUUAUGAUUGGUGAGGUAGUUGACCGAGAACUACACAGAGCUGGCUUUGACACUGCCCAUAUUGCCCUGUCGUUAGGAACGGUUUCGAAUGGGAGCAUAUCAUUAAACCAGACAUCAGACAGGAUAUGUGACAGAAGUUGUUACGCAAUUACAGUGGGCAGCACCGUAACCUUUAUGGCUGGAGUUUAUCAGGUAGCGAUGGGCUUCUUUCAAGUGGGCUUUGUUUCCGUCUACCUCUCAGAUGCCUUGCUGAGUGGAUUUGUCACUGGUGCCUCCUUCACUGUUCUUACAUCUCAGGCCAAGUAUCUCCUUGGGCUCAGCCUUCCUCGGAGUGGUGGCGUGGGCUCACUCAUCACUACUUGGAUACAUAUCUUCAGAAACAUCCAUAAGACCAAUCUCUGUGAUCUCAUCACCAGCCUUUUGUGCCUUUUGGUUCUUUUGCCAACCAAAGAACUCAAUGAGCGCUUCAAGUCCAAGCUUAAGGCACCGAUUCCUACUGAACUCAUUGUUGUUGUGGCAGCGACAUUAGCCUCUCAUUUUGGAAAACUAAAUGAGAAAUACAAUACCAGUGUUGCUGGACAUAUUCCCACUGGGUUUAUGCCACCCAAAGCACCGGACUGGAACUUAAUUCCUAAUGUGGCUACAGAUGCAAUAGCUAUGUCUAUCAUUGGUUUUGCUAUCACUGUAUCACUUUCUGAGAUGUUUGCCAAGAAACAUGGCUAUACAGUCAGAGCUAACCAGGAAAUGUAUGCCAUUGGCUUUUGCAAUAUCAUCCCUUCCUUCUUCCACUGUUUUACUACUAGUGCAGCUCUUGCAAAGACGUUGGUUAAAGAAUCAACAGGCUGCCAAACUCAGCUUUCUAGUGUAGUGACAGCUCUGGUUCUUUUGUUGGUUCUCCUGGUAAUAGCUCCUUUAUUCUAUUCCCUUCAGAAAAGUGUCCUGGGUGUGAUCACUAUUGUAAAUCUCCGGGGAGCUUUAUGUAAAUUUAAGGAUCUGCCCAAGAUGUGGAGGGUUAGCAGAAUGGAUACAGUUAUCUGGUUUGUUACUAUGCUGUCCACUGCACUGAUAAGUACUGAAAUAGGCCUGCUUAUAGGCGUUUGUUUUUCUAUGUUUUGUGUCAUCCUCCGUACGCAGAAGCCUGAGAGUUCAUUGCUUGGCUUAGUGGAAGAAUCGGAAAUUUUUGAAUCCACAUCUGCUUACAAAAACCUUCAGGCUAACCCGGGCAUCAAGAUUUUCCGCUUUGUAGCCCCUCUCUACUACAUAAACAAAGAAUGUUUUAAAUCUGCUUUAUACAAAAAAACUCUCAACCCAAUCUUAGUAAAGGCAGCUCAGAAGAAGGCAGCAAAGAGAAAGAUAAAAAAGGAAACAGUGACUGUCAGUGGAAUUCAGGAUGAAGUUGCAGUGAAACUUUCCCAUGAUCCCUUGGAACUCCAUACCAUAGUGAUUGACUGCAGUGCAAUCCAAUUUUUAGAUACAGCAGGGAUCCAUACGCUGAAAGAAGUUCGCAGAGAUUAUGAAGCCAUUGGCAUACAAGUUCUGCUGGCUCAAUGCAAUCCCUCUGUGAAGGAUUCCUUGGUCCGGGGAGAGUAUUGCAAAAAGGAAGAUGAAAGCUUCUUUUAUAGUGUACAUGAAGCGAUAGCUUUUGCAGAAGAAUGUCAAAAUCAGAAAGGAAUAUGUUUUCCCAAUGGUCUGAGUCUUUCCAGUGAUCAGCUGGAUAAGUAGAUGAAAAGAAGAAAAAUGUCUAGCCAAUAGCAACUUGCAUACUUGAAAUUUUAACCUAUUGGCUAGACAUUAUUCUUCCUUCGAAGCUGAUGGCCUUCGUAGAUACAAAAGUGCAGCAGAGCUUAUACUUGGGCAGAAUCAGAAAGAAGAAAAUAUUGUGGUUUUAAGCUUUCUUGCAAAUAGGGAGUGCUCUUGGAAUUACAUGUCUAUUGAAUUGAACUGUGAAGUAGCCCUUAAACUUAAUGAUCAUCUUUAAAAAAAAAAAAAAAGUUUUAUUGAUUUUUUUAGAGAGAGAGGAAGGGAAAGGGAGAGAGAAAUAGAAACAUCAAUGUGAAAAACAGAUCGGAUGCCUUCGGCACACCCCCUACUGGGGGUCAAGUCAGCAACCUGGGCAUGUGCCCUGACCAGGAAUUGAACCAGUGACUUCUUGGUGCAUGGGACAACACUCAACUAACUGAGCCACACUGCCCAGGCAUGACCAUCCUCUUUGAGGAGAUAGGCAUGUGGACUCUUCCUUCUCCAGAAGGAAAGGAGUGGAGUUGGCAUUUAUAUGAGAUAUGCUCUAGCCUAUAUGAUACGGCUCUUUGGAGAGAGAGUGGAAAGGAGGCAGGGAAAGAUGUUGUGUCUGAUAUUGUACCAACAGAUCAAGAGGCCUCUGGAGCACAAGGUAAUAGCUAUUCAAGUCUUUUUCUUAUUUGUACUUCUCCAUACCCAGUUUCUGCUCCCCAGAUGGCAGUGAGAUCUCUGACUUUUAAUAGGAAAGUACUAUUCCUUUCCUAAAGGCAGGAAACCAUAGGCACAGAUCCAUCAGGAGACUGAUGGUUGAGCAUGUUUGUGAAAUCCUACCAGCUAACUUCACAUUAUACAGAACAUUCUUUGUAAAUCAGUUGUUUUCGUCAUACCUUUUUGUUUAGGGUAAGUCGGUAAGCAAAGAGCUCUUCAUAAUCAGCCAAAAUAAUGAGAAUCCCCCCUGACUUUUCUGUGAUCUCUGUCCCUGUUUCUGAUUAUUUCUUAACUUAAAAAUUGAGUUCAGGAGUUAUAAUGAUAAAUUCAGGGUCUUUCCAGUCAUCAGCUGGAUAAGUAGAUGAAAAGAAGAAAAAUGUCUAGCCAAUAGCAACUUGCAUACUUGAAAUUUUUGUGAUCCUUAUUAAUGUUUUCAAUGAAUUUUUUUCCUUCAUGUAGUGCUAUAGAUGAGCUAUAGGUUCUUUUUGCAUCAAUGCAGAUAAUUCCUUAGCUUUCAGUAAUUUAGUGUAUUUUCCAUGGCAUCUGUCCUAAACUGCUAUGUCUCAUUACCAGUGACAAGCUUGCCAGAUAAAAGGCAGAAUGCUGACUCUGCAAUUCUAUACAGUAUUUUAAAUGAGCUCGAGGCAAACUGUUAAGGACAGAUUACAAAUAGGAAUGAUUGACAGUUUCCCUUAAGAAUUUGUUACUUAGCAGUGAUUUCUUUGCUUCCCAUGGCAUUUUAGCAAGGGUCAAUUGGGGAUUGAUAGUCUUUCUGAAAUAGAAGUGCAUGCAGUAAGCAUUAGCUUUGUUUUCACUAAAACAUGUACAAAUUAAUUAUUGAUGUUCCUUUGGAAGCGUCUGUGCCUUUUCUGUUGGUUAAUCAUUUGUUUUUAAUCCUUCUUGCCUUCCUCCCCCAGGCUAGGUUUGAAUCCAGACCAUUAUAGAUGUCUAAUGCUGCCUGACAGAGUAGAGUACAUGUUUAAGACAACUCUAUAAUUUAGCAAACACUAGCACAGUAAAAAAAAAAAAAGUCCAAAAAAUUUGAAAAACUCCUUAGCAAAAUGGAGUAACAGAAUUUGACCUUUACCUAACCUUUCUCUUCAUAUGUGGAUAUGAACAAUUCUGGAGCUUUGUGCAUUUAGCAAAGUCUUGAAUUGUGCUCUGAUUAGUACAGUGGGGCCUUGACUUACGAGUGUCCCGACUAACGAGUUUUUUUGAGAUACGAGCAGUCUCUCGGCCGAUUUUUUGCUUUGAGUUGCAAGCUCAAAAAAAUUCGGGUUACGAGCCAGCUUUAGAUACCCCACCGCUAGUUGGCGCAGCGAACGUCACAGUGAUUUGACAUACGAGUAAUUUGAGUUAUGAGCUCCGUCACGGAACGAAUUAAACUCUCGUAAGUCAAGGCCCCACUGUACCUCUUCCACUCAGACAAACGAGAUUCUGCUUUUGGUAACUAGUUGUAAAAACAUUUAAGAUUUCUCAAGAAUGUAUAUCUUACCCUUUCUGCGUGGGUAGAGUUAAGUUUUAUUGAUACAAAAAUAUCUUGCUUACUCUAGACUUCAGUGUCUAAAUGAACAUUUUCUCAUUGCUUAUUGACAAACGUACAAAAUUCUGAAUAUCUUAAAAUGGUCAUUUAAUUGAAAUGUAUUGUGUACAUACUUAAUGGUUAAAACUUUACAACCUUAUUUAUUUUUAAAUUUGCUACAAUAAGAGGAGUGGAGGGUACCCAUGCACAGAGAGACUAAGGAUUGACAUUCAGGAGAGGGGUGAAAGGAGUAGAUCAUUGAAAACACCACCGCUGACUAAAUAAGGGAGAAAACAGAGGCAUUCAGUUGAAUAGGAUCCAAUCCCUGGUUAACCCCGCACAAUAGUAGGGAGGUCAGGAUUAGAAGACACACCUUAGUUUGAGAGCAAGGUCAAAACUGGGUUCUGUUUCUAAAAGGAGAGGGGCACAGAUUCACCAAAGAUGAGAGAGUUGAGAAGCAUGCAUUAGCCAGCGUUGGGACAAAAGCCCAGGUUGACCUACUGUGGAGCAGUAGUGACUAUAGUACUAUCCGUGCCUCUGAUGGCAGUAAAAUGGACAGAUGUCUAGUUGACAAUUACUUUAAAAAAAUUUUCAUUAGGACCAAAGGAAAACGAGAUUUAGGUAGACUGACUUAGCUUUUAAACAAUAGUAGACAUUGAAGCCAAAUUUGUCGCUAAAUUUACAGUAUGGUAAAUGGUGGUCUUUAAAUGUAUAUUGUGUUCUCUUAGUAAUUUGGGUGUUAGCUCUGCUCUUAGAAAAGGGCUGCAGUGAAUUUCUUAGGAACUUAAAAUUGAAUCUAGGCAUUAUAAUGAUAAAUUAAAGGUCUGUGAGCCUUAUUAAAGUUUUUAAUGAAUUGUUUUCCUCUAUGUAGUGGUAUAGAUGAACUAUAAGUUCUUUUUGCAUCAAUGUAGAUAAUUCCUCAAACACUUCCUGAAGACCUAUGCAGAACUCUAGAGUUCUGUGCCGGGUGCUGGGACUCUGAUACUGAAUCCAGUAGGCGAACCAUGUGGUAACUCAGUGACACACAGUGGCACUUGGAGGUGCUUUAUGGAGGAGCUGAACUGAGCCUGGACAGAGGUCUUAGCAGGAGGCAGGCAAUUGAGGCAAAGAAGGAGGCAGGGAUGCCUCCGUCUAUUCAGGGAAUGAUUCCACAGUGACGUAGUAAAAACUCAAUCGAUAGGAUUUAGACUUUGCUUAAUUUUUCUGUUCUUUGAUGUUUCUCUCUUUCUCCCCCCCGCCCCCAAUGUUUUCUUUAUCUGUUAUAGUGAUGCCUUAUUUGAAACUGGGCUUAAAAACUGCAAAAGGAGGAAAUUGAAUCUAGAAAGCUUUUAGGCUCUGAAGUAAUUUGGCUUUUUUUUUUUAAAUAAAGAUUUUUUGUGUGUUUGUUUCAGAUUAAGUUUAUUUAGAAAGUUACAGAGGUAAUAGAAGUGAGCCAGCGGGGCUACCUGGGCUCAGGAAACAUGUUGCAGAAGCAAAAGAAGGGCCCUUGGAGCUCAGGAGAAAGAAAGGCAAAGGUAACUGCCUGGUGGGGAGAGGGAGGAAGGAAAAGGCUCAGGCAUGCUCCCAAGAAGAGAGCGCUGGUAGAAAGAUUUUAGAUAAUCAUAAAUGGAAUCAUUAAUUUGAGUGCUAAUAACAAGAAUGAAAAUUAUAAUGGAACAGGCCAAAAUAAUAUACCAGCUGGUUUGUUAUCAUAGCCUAUUAUUAAAGUAAAAUUCUAUUGAAAUACUGUAACUUAAAGGUACAUUUUAGUUUUUUAAAAAAAUAUAUUAGUAACUAGGAAUGGAGAAUUUGGAUGUGGGAGUGGUGGAGAUUUAUUUUUAUAAGGUAUUUUUUAUCCUGACAAGGAUUAUUUUUUUAAAAGUAUUUUGCACUUUAAAUUUUAAAGUAAACAUGUUAAAUAAGCAUUAUAUUAGAUUGUAGGGGGUUUGGUAUGUAUUUUCUUUUCCUCGUAGUGAUGUAAAAUAGGAAGGAUAUAUCGAAUUAUGAAAACUGGAAUAAUGACACCAAAUGCCUUUACUGGAGAUAGUAUGUUUGUAAGUCUACACUGGAACCAGGCAUAUAACCUUUCUUUGGACUUGGAUUAUGACUGAAAAAGGCCAUAUAAUCACAAUCUUACUACAAAAUACCAGUGACUAAAUUUCUAACUGAAGGUUUUUUAGUUGUCAAACAGACAAGCGCUUAAGCCAGAAAAGAUUUUUAACUGCAGGUUUAAUAAACUUAUUUUAAGAAGUUCUCUUCCACUGCCACAUUCUCCAUCCCUAAAUUAAUAAGAUAAUACUUGGAGUGAAACAGCUGUUAUCUUUUAAUUCAAAUCAGUUGGGAAAUUACUGUUUGAAUUCUGAUGCUGCCAUGAUUUCUCAAAAAUUAGUGUGAACAAAUCAAUCUUUAUAAAAUGCUACCUUUUGUCUCCUUGCAAUUUUAUACACAAAUUAAGACAAUAACAGGGUGAUAUAUGAGUUAACUCAAAUUCUGAGUCUUGUCACUUCACUAAAAAAGUAUACUGCCUUUUUUUUCCAAUUAUUCUAGGUCAGUGACUUUUAGGAAUAUGUUUUAUACCACAUAUAUCUUUUUUAAUUAAAGCAAGUGCCUUGAUGCUAUUACACAUAAAUCAUGCUUAACCCUCUAUGGCAGUGGGGGGUGUGUCCGGCCCAAGGUCCAUAUAAGGCCUGCGAAAUCAUUUGAUCUGGCCCUGCCAAAACAUUAGGGGUGAAUUAAUUAAAUAUGGCAGGCUAAUUUUUAAGUUGGUAAUUUUGUAGGGCCUGCAAAUGAUGUUAUAAAUAUCCAAGUGGCCCUUGGCAAAAUAAAGGUUCCCCACCUCUACUCUAUGGAAUGAUAAUGAGUUAUUGAUGAUUGCAGCCUAUUGUAGGAGAGGGGGAGUUGGUUAAUAGCAGAUCCUUUUUCUCUGGAAGUAUAUGUUCAUGAUGUUUACUACAUAAGAUCCUAUAUGUGUUAUUUCAUUUGCUAAUAAAUUGUUAUGCUAAUUAAA